AUGUAAGAACCAAUUUAAUAAGAGAUUGAAGAGAUAAAAAAAGAUAUUUAACGUUUAGGCACAAAGAAUGCAGAAGGAAAAUAUGUAGUUAAAUUUGGAGUAUUAUUCAAUGACGAAAAAGUUGUAUAAUAUUAUGAAGUUUUCUAUAUCGAUAUUCGUGGGGCACUUGCUAGUACAUUGAAAGCAGCUAAAAAAUAGAAUAUCCUUGAUUUUUAAGAAUCUUGGUUUUUAAAGAACAUUAAAGACGAUUAUGACAUCAUUUUGAAAUGA